CCACUAGAGGAUUAUCCAGGUGGUUAGUGCUGCCUCAGUUGUCGAGUGCAUCGGUCCAUUGGACAUUACUCUUGGAUCUCAUUCAAGCCAUUAAAAGUUAUUGAUAAUGAAUAUCAAGUGUGUUGUGCUGCUACUGUCGAUCAGUGGAUCGAUCACCCUGGCCCGUGCAUCAUCCCUCGAGGAGACAAUCUUCGAUAAGGGAUACAGAUCGUUGUACCGGGUAUACGAGGAGUGCCAGCAGCGAAAUGGUGGUGUCUCACCGUGUCUCAAGAAGAAGGCAAUCUCCUUCUUCGAGAGAUUGGGCAGAAUCGAUAAUCUUCCAUUAUUCGAUAAUUUGGAGCUCGUUAAAGUACCUGGAGUGAAUUACACCUAUCCGCAGUCUGGUGAUGUUGAGAAUCUCGGACGUGCCGGUGUCUCCAGAGAGGAUACACUCAAUGACAUCCUCUUGGACAGAAUCUCCAAUCUCAUGAAUGGCUUCAACAUCCAGAUAAGAUUGCCAAAGACAUCGUCGGGUGAGCUGAAACGAAGCGUGGAGGAGGGACGCGGAAAGAUGAAGAAGAUGAUGGGCAUGAUGAUGAUGGGCUUGACCAUGAAGAUGGCUGCACUUGUGCCGAUAGCUAUGGGUGUCCUAUUCCUUCUGGCUGGCAAAGCCCUCAUUAUCAGCAAGAUUGCACUCGUGUUGUCCAUGAUCAUUGGGCUGAAGAAAUUGUUGAGUCAGAAGCAAGGGGGUGGCCAUGACUCCCACGGAGGAUGGCAGAGCGGUGGUGGUGGUGGUGGUGGUGGAUGGGACAGGAGUCUGAAAAAUGUGCCAGCGGUCCAGAACGACAAUGCCACCCACGAGUACGCGCAGAAUCUCGCUUACAGCGGUCAGAAGUCACAGCUGUAGUUCAAUCUCUUCAAGAACACAGAGGGAGAUGCAAAAUUCUAUUUAUUUGACGCUUGACACGACGUAACGGAUGGAUAAACGUGUGGGCCUCAGGGAUCUCGCCGAGGGCCAGUUGUUGUUUCUGCGUGAACGGUUACAUAGAUAAUAGAGGGGAUAAAAAAACACUAACCUUUCAUCUCUUUGGUAGCGGUGCUUUUUUUUUUCUCGUUAAUAUUACCAUGAGUCAUGUGGUACAUACCUACUGCAAUAGUUGUGCGUGGAAAAUAUUGCCGGAGAUUUUCGCAAAGUCGUUGCUCCACGAUACGAUAAAUCAAUCACUCGUGUGUAUAUGUGUAAUCGUUUUCCUUGUUUUCUAUCAUUUUUUUUUAUCUCUCUUCUAUGUAAAGCGGUAUUGUAUCAUGCAUGCUUUGCUGAAAUUUCCCGCAAACCGGAACUGGAUUCCGUUUUACCUGCAACAUCGAUCGUUAUGUGUCGAGCGAGUCCAAUGACACACUUAUUGCACAGCUGUUGCACGAUAGUACAUAUGCAUUACUGAACUUUGAUUCUUACAUGUUAUCUUUACUCACCACGAUGAAAUAGUUUGAUAGUAUUUUAUGGAGAGAAGUAAAAAAUCUCCAGGUUAUAACGUAAAACGUCUGAUUUAUAAUCGGAUUGACUUAUAAGUCCAUUUAAUGAGAAGAAAACGAGGCGCCAUGAGCAGCCUUAACAUUCAGAUAUUUAUUAAUUAUGUAUUUAUUUAUCUUUAACUUAUGUAAUUGGACGCGAGUCGUCGAGGUAAAAUAAAAUAAUGAAUGUAUUUCAA